AUGGAAGAAAAAACACAAAUCAAGACAUAUUUGGGUUCCAAGUUGCCAAAGUAUGGAACAAAAUCUGUAAGAAGUACACUGCAGCCAAUGCCAACUGGGACACCUGUUAAUUUAUUGGGAACUUCCAAAACAAGCAGCAUCAAAAGUUACAUAAAAAAUAAUGGCUCUGAUUGUCAAUUAUCCCAUUCAUUUAAUUGGAGAACAGCAGCUAAAUACCAGCUUAGUACACCAAGUGCUGAGGAAGCUAAUGAUACUCAAAGUUCACAUGAUAAAGUAAUUGAUCCUGCAAAACAUCCACCUGCUCAAGGAAUAUUUGCUAAAAAUGGGAUAAAGGGAGAUUUGAAAGGUGUUUCUUUUCCAUCAAACUUAGCAAAGCCAUCUACCAUGUUUGGGUCAUCUACAGAGGAAUUAAAACAAAAGUCUUUAUCUGGACCAUCCAGUUUGGGUAAAUUCACCAAAGGCACAAUAUUAGGAAGGACUUCAUAUUCUCUAGUCAGUGCUCCAACAUCACAGUUGAGUGGGUUUUAUGUGAAUCGAUCAGCUAGUAGCAUACAGAGGCCUAGAGCAAACUCCUGUGCUACCAGAAGCAGUUCUGGAGAAAGCUUAGCACAAUCCCUAGAUAAUAUUAAAUCUCUUACUUGUGAAAAAAUGGUAAGAUCACAGAGUUUUUCACAUUCCAUUCAGAAUUCAUUCUUUCCACCUUCAUCUAUAACCAGAUCACAUUCCUUCAAUAGAGCUGCAGAUCUUAAGCCUUAUCAGAAUCAACAUCUACCCAUUAGAAUACCUCUGAGAUCAAGUAUGCUAACAAGAAAUUCCCAGCAGUCUGAACUUCUCAAUGGGCAUGAACAUUUAGGGUAUGGAUUUAAUAGGCCUUAUGCUGCUGGUGGAAAGAAGUUGGCGUUAUCAAAUGGCCCAGGUGUAGCUUCCACUUUGGGAUAUAGGAUGGUCCAUCCCUCUCUACUGAAAUCUAGCAAAUCUCCAUUUUCUGGGACUAUCACAGUUGAUGGUAAUAAAAAUUCACCUGCUGGCACAUGUGUAGGGGAAGAUACUGAACUUUUGGCUAAGGACAGAGCUACCAACAAGGACCCAGGACUAACUGAAAAUAAUAGUGAUAGAACAGAAAAUGGCCAGACCAUGAAGCAUGAUGCUAAAAUUAGAUAUCUGAAUGAUGAUGUGGAUGACAUUUCCUUAUCUUCUUUGUCAUCUUCUGAUAAGAAUGAUUUAAGCGAAGACUUUAGUGAUGAUUUUAUAGACUUAGAAGACUCCAACAGAGCUACAGUAACUCCAGAGGAAAAUUCUCACAAAGAAGAAAAGCAUAAAAAUACACCACCAAUGGAUAUAUUUGGUUCCCCCAAGGAAAAUGAAAAAUCCUUCAGUAAAGCUGAUGAGUGGAUGAAUAAAAGUGUCUCUGACAGGAGUGAAGGUACAAAACCUACUUCUGGGAGUAACUUGGUUUCACCAGAUACUGAUUUCAGAGCUGGUUCUUCAUUUGAACUCUCUCCAUCUGAUAGCUCUGAUGGAACAUACAUGUGGGAUGAAGAGGGCUUGGAGCCCAUUGGAAAUGUCCACCCAGUUGGGAGCUAUGAGUCCUCCGAAAUGAAUAGCAUAGAUAUUCUGAAUAAUCUUGAAUCAUGUGACCUGGAGGAAGAUGACCUUAUGCUUGAUGUGGAUCUGCCUGAGGAUGCAUCUCUUGAAAAUGUGGAGUGUGACAAUAUGAAUCGCUUUGAUCGAUCAGACAGAAAUGUUCGGCAGUCGCAAGAAGGAUUUUGGAAAAGGUCACCCCAGAGGUGGAGUGGACAGGAACAUUACCCCCUCAGUCAUCCUGACCGCUAUCACCACCAUGGAAAAAGUGACUUGAGCAGAGGCUCUCCCUACAGAGAAUCUCCUUUGGGUCAUUUUGAAAGCUAUGGAGGGACCCCCUUUUUCCAGGCUCAGAGAAUAUUUGUAGAUGUGCCUGAAAACACAGUGAUACUGGAUGAGAUGACCCUCCGGCACAUGGUCCAGGAUUGCACUGCUGUAAAAACUCAGUUACUCAAACUGAAACGUCUGCUACAUCAGCAUGAUGGGAGUGGAUCAUUGCAUGAUAUCCAGCUAUCAUUGCCAUCUAGCCCGGAACCAGAAGAUGGCCAUCAACUAUACAAGAAUGAAGAUUUAUUAAUUGAAAUAAAACAACUUAAAGAGGAAAUAAAGAAAAAAGAUGAAAAAAUCCAACUAUUAGAACAUCAGCUUGCAACACGGUGUAACUGCCACCAAAAAUCUAAAGAGGCAAAAUGCACAUAUGCCGAUAAAUAUACCCAAACCUCCUGGAGAAGAAUUCCCGGUGGGUAUUCUGCUCCCUCCUUCUCUCCUUGGCAGGGCUCCUUCCAGGGGACCCCACGGACUGUGCCAUCGCACCGCAGACAGACCUCAAGUACUACAGCCUUCCAGCAGCCUUCCCAGACCCACAGACCCCGCCCAGGGAAAACUAACAAGAUGGCAGCCUAG